AUGGCGGCCGUUAGGAUGGGAAGGCUGACAACCAUGCCAGCAGCUCUAAUAUGUGCAUCUAUAAGUGUGUAUGCGGCCAAAGAAGAGGAGUCCAGAAAGCAUCUAGUGAAACCAGAGCAGCUCCCCAUAUAUACUGCACCACCUCUCCAGUCUAAGUAUGUUGAUGAGCAGCCUGGUCAUUUACAAAUGGGCUUUGAGUCCAUUCGCACUACAACUGGUCGUUAUGUUGGCUGGUGCAAGGGUGUUUAUGUCUUCAUGAAAUAUGGGAUAAUGGAUACAGUACAAUUUGGAAAAGAUGCAUAUGUCUAUUUGAAGAAUCCACCUCGAGAUUUUCUUCCGAAAAUUGGAGUGAUUACAGUUUCAGGAUUGGCAGGCUUCAUUUCAGCGAGAAAAGGUUCUAGGUUUAAGAGAAUUGCUUAUCCACUGGGACUGGCCACUUUAGGAGCAACUGUUUGCUACCCUGUUCAAUCAGUAAUAAUUGCAAAGGUAACUGGGAAAAAGGCAUAUGCUACAAGCCAGCAAAUUUAUGAAGCGGUUAAAUCAUUGUGGACAAAAAACAACAAAAAAGAGUCACUUCCUGAACCUAAAGAAAACACUAAGCUAGGAAGCUCUGAUGAAAUAGAAAUACCUGCAAAAACAACUCACAACCUGAAACAUUCAGUGCCUUUGUCAACAGAACUCAGCUCUGAAACAAAGACCAAAUCAGAAUCCACCUCAGGUGCUACACAGUUUAUGGCUGACCCCAAGCUCAUGGAUCACGGGCAGUCCCAUCCAGAAGAUGUAGAUAUGUACAGCACUAGAAGCUGAAAUAGUCUGCAUAGAGAACUACAAGAUGUGUGAAGUUGCGAAUAACAAUGAAAAAAUUCGUAAUGGGUAACUGA